GAAACAACUGCGAUGCUUGAUCUCAUAUCCUAGUUACUCUCUGUAACGUCAGUUGGGGCGUGUGUUGACGGACCUUCGCCUGCCAGCAGCUGAGAACUCCGACAAAUAUCCUGCUGUCAACUUCAUUAUAGUGCUGUUGCCUCCAGUUGACAGAAGAUGUUUUUUGCCAAGAAGUUUAUUAGUGGCAUCAUUGAUGUUGUCAGCAACAUCGACCCAGAGCAGUUUGUGCCUUCUGAUCCCCCUCCACCACGCAGGCCAACUGUAUAUGCAGAGCAGCAUGAAAGUGCGGAGGAGCAACAAUUUCGCAGAGUCUUCAAGCAACUUGCUGGAGAUGACAUGGAAGUGAGCCCAUCUGAGCUGAUGAACAUCCUAAACAGAAUCAUUUCAAAGCAUGGUGACCUGAAGACAGAUGGUUUCAGCAUUGAGUCUUGCAGGAGCAUGGUGGCAGUCAUGGAUAGUGACAGCACUGGAAAACUCGGAUUUCAUGAAUUCAAACACCUCUGGAACAAUAUAAAGAAAUGGCAGGGAGUGUACAAAUCCCAUGACACUGAUGGCUCUGGUGUCAUUGGUGCGGAUGAGUUGCCCAAUGCUUUCAGGGCUGCUGGCUUUCCUCUCAAUGAACAGCUGUUUCAGAUGAUAAUUCGCAGAUACAGCGAUGAAAAUGGGAACAUGGAUUUUGACAACUACAUUGGCUGCCUCGUGAGGCUGGAUGCCAUGUGCCGUGCCUUUAAAACCCUGGAUAAGGAUAACAAUGGGAGUAUCAAAGUCAAUGUUCAGGAGUGGCUUCAGUUGACCAUGUACUCCUGAAUCUGGCCAAGGGCUCUCCUGCUUGUUACACAGAACCACAUUGUUUGUCUGCCAGUACCAACAACAAAAAAAAAAAUCUCGUUCAUACCUACAACUUCAUAUUAUUCAGAAAAACCCCUGUGGGGGCAGGUUUAUUGAGGAUGUCAGUGUAAUUCAAGUAUUGUGGGAUUGUUUACAGUUCCAUAAUACUUGUUAGACAGAAUUGAUACCGUACUAACCAACCCAGAAAAGCGCAAACCUGCGCUCACAAUUAUACCCAUAGCUGAGGAUCAAAAAUAAAUGCUACCGAUUGUUCUGGACAAGUACGUAGCCAAUGAUUCAGGUGCAUAAAUACAGUACUAUAUUGAAUUGUUGUUAUUUGAUCUGCUUGUUUGGUAUUUGCUUUUGAUCUGCAUCAUGCCUUCCACACAAAAUGGCACAAGUGGAGGCACACCAACUUCAAGAUGUACUACACCCAGAAAUUAGUGAAACAGCUAAUCAAUCAGUGUGAAGGAUCCCACUCUUAAGUGGCUUGAGCUGGUUUCACAGUGACUGUGAACCAGGACAGUUAAUGCUGUUUGGCUGGCUGCUUUAAUGCUAAAAUAGCAUUGGAUAUUUUUAACAAAAAUAAAUAGUGACAUUUAUUUUUAUACCUUAAAAUUCAGUGUCACUUGCUGCCGAAAUCAGGAAAGCUUACUUGUUAUUGUGUAAAGUCUUCCACCAGGCUCUUGUUUUCUGUUGGACUGAGUGGCGGUGAACAGUGGGAAGCUGUAGCUUGGUUGUCCGUGUGUUUUGGUUAGAAUGGCCGCUCACAGGUGUUUCCACCCUUGCUGACUAGUUAUAUCCUUCUCAGAACUGUGUGGGCUUGUAUAGACUGCUUGAUGUGUCUCUUGGCUUUCAUUUAUUCACGCCUUUUGGGGUAGGGCAAUGUACACCUUAAGCAUUCAUAUUAAUGCUUGGACUUUAGUGACCUUGUAAAUUUUCAGAAAAAAAAGCUCCACCAAACUUUAACCUAAACAGAGACCUAACCAACUUUCACAGUAACUGAAAACACCCGUGAGCUCACAAGAAUAAUAAGGGUUAGGCUGUUCCACCCAGACAGGUGCAACAAAACUAACAGGAGUGUUGGGGAAAUGGUUGUCAGUGUGUACAUGUCCAUACAGGUCUAUUUUGAUGUGUGGAUGCGCCAUGUCUUUGCAAAUACUUUAACAGAGAUGAGAAUUAGACAGAUUUGUAAAGUUAUACAGACUUCAGUCAUUUCUAUUGUCUUUGCGAAAGCAGCCCCGAGUCCACUUAUUGUAGAUUCUUGUUUAGGAAAACAGCAAUGUGAGACAGGCCACCAUUUUGGUUACAGAUUAAGAAAAGUAUGGUGGAUGUUUGAUUUAUGGUAUACUCACAUCACAGCCUAUUGUAAGCAGAUCAUAGUUUAAUGAUACACUCCAUUAUUUUGCAUCAGUGUUGCACUGUUACUGUACAUGUAUACAAGUCAGGAAUGUCCGUUUGUUUUGUUUUGUUAGGACAGGCCAAUCUUUUUUGCAUUUGAAUAUUUCCUGCAACUUGUUCACAACAAUAUCAUUUUCUCAGCCUACGGAUGCCUUUUUUUGUCACUGUGUAGUAAAUCAAAAUGCCUGCACCAGAUAAUGUACAAUAUGUGACUCAUAAUAUAUAACAUGUAUACCACUAAUGCAUGCAGCCAAAAGUACAGUUGCCAUUAUUGAACGUUUUUAACCAUGUAGUUAUAGCCAUAGUCAUUAAACUGUUACUGAAAAUGCUUGGUAAAAUAAAUACCUGUGCCAUAUUUGGAAUAAAGGUGGUAUGUUAAA